CGGCGAGAUUAACAGCUUCACGAAUAAAUUGGUUUGAGGUAGGUUUAUAAACAUGACUAAAAGUUUCAGUUGCAUUAUUAAAAUAUAUCAAAGCAUUACAAAUUUUUUCACAGGUGUCGAUCUCAGCCGAGUUUAUAAUAUAGUUAUCAUAUUGUUUCAUAAAAGCAGGAAAAUGUUGUUUAUAUCUAAGAAGAACUCCAAUUAACUUAUAGGUACUAUUCCAAUGAAUAGACAAAUCUUUUGGAAAAGCCACAUAUCUCUCACCUCUUUCUAUCAAAUAAUCAUGCCAUUUUUUCCUAAGGUGUCCAUUACCCCAAAUACGUCUAAUCCCCCCCUUGACUACCUCCAACGAUGCUCCCAACGCUUUUAGACCAUCUUGCACACAUAAAUUUAGAACAUGACAUGCACAUCGUUGAUGAAAAAAAUCUACCCAUCAAAGAAGUAGAACCACACAAUUCACGCAAUCUAGGAAUAGCAGCAGUAUUAUUAGUAGCAUUAUCAAAACCAAUAGCAAACACCUUAUCAAUUAAAUUAUACUCAAUUAAAAUACGUUCAAUCAAAAUAUAAAUAUGUUCAGCGGUGUGACGAUCAUUAAAUUCACGGAAAGCAAGAACACGUUUAUGCAUAUGCCAAUCAUUAUCAAUAUAAUGUACAGUCAGACCCAAAUAAUGUAAAUUAUGAUAAGUAUCCUCCCAUAUGUCAGAACAUACAGUAACACGUCCAUCAAAGUCUGCAAAAUAAUUUUGUAACCUUACCUUUUCCGCACCAUAAAGCCUUGAAAUUUCUUUCUUAACCGUUUUGCGACUAUAACCUCUAUAUUGCGGAUUUAAACAAGUUUGUGCAUAAUCACGAAAAGCAAGACUUUCAGAAAACAAAUAAGGCAAAUUUUCUUCAACAAGUAAGUUAGCCAUACCUGUCAAAUUUUGUGCAUCAUUGUAUGAGAAAUUACCAAAAGCUUGUUGAUUAUUUGCAAACCUCGAUAUUUGCGUUUGCUUCCCCGUUCCGCCGCCUAAUUUUGCAUACUCCACCGGGUGUUUGGACUUAAGGUGUCUUGCGGCGGAACGGGGAAACAAACGCAAAUAUCGAGGUUUGCAAAUAACCAACAAGCUUUUGGUAAUUUCUCAUACAAUGAUGCACAAAAUUUGACAGGUAUGGCUAACUUACUUGUUGAAGAAAAUUUGCCUUAUUUGUUUUCUGAAAGUCUUGCUUUUCGUGAUUAUGCACAAACUUGUUUAAAUCCGCAAUAUAGAGGUUAUAGUCGCAAAACGGUUAAGAAAGAAAUUUCAAGGUUUUAUGGUGCGGAAAAGGUAAGGUUACAAAAUUAUUUUGCAAUGUUUGAUGGACCUGUUACUGUAUGUUCUGACAUAUGGGAGGAUACUUAUCAUAAUUUACAUUAUUUGGGUCUGACUGUACAUUAUAUUGAUAAUGAUUGGCAUAUGCAUAAACGUGUUCUUGCUUUCCGUGAAUUUAAUGAUCGUCACACCGCUGAACAUAUUUAUAUUUUGAUUGAACGUAUUUUAAUUGAGUAUAAUUUAAUUGAUAAGGUGUUUGCUAUUGGUUUUGAUAAUGCUACUAAU